CCAUUUCCCAAUUCCCACCUUCCCCGCGCCGCGCCCCCGUCUUCCUCCCUCCUCCCUCCUCCCCCCGACACACCUCUUUAACUCGCCUCCGCUUCCAAAAAAUUCUCCAGUUUGUUUAAUCCAGACGAGGAACCUCCUCGCCCCGGAUCUCUCCCCCGCGAAUCCCCAGGCCCGCUCGCCGGCCCGGCCGGUCCCCCACGAUCGGCUCCGUCUGCGUCCCCGGCGGGAGGUUGACCUCGCGUUGCUGCGGGGGCCUGGCCUCGCCGCCGCCCGGCUCGGGGGCUCGGCGGUUCGGCGGUCGCUUUCGGGUUCGGUCCGAUCGAGGCCAGCGUUACCGUGGCAAUGCGGUCGGUCCGCGGGGCUGUUUGAGGCGCGUGGCUGGGAUCUGGAGCGGAGCUCUCUGUCGGUGUGGAGUCGGUGGUGGGCGUAGCGCUAGCGCGCGCAUUUGGCUGCCGGGAUGGAGCAGGUGGUCGGGGGGAAGUUCAAGCUCGGGAAGAAGAUCGGUAGCGGGUCCUUCGGGGAGCUCUACCUCGCCGUCAACGUGCAGAAUGGUGAAGAGGUGGCCGUCAAACUGGAAUCGGUGAAAUCACGGCACCCUCAGCUUCACUAUGAAUCAAAACUGUACAUGCUUUUGCAGGGUGGAACUGGGAUUCCACAUCUGAAGUGGUUUGGGGUGGAGGGGGAGUACAAUGUCAUGGUGAUUGAUCUGCUUGGUCCAAGUCUGGAGGACUUAUUUAACUACUGCGGCAGAAAGUUCUCCCUCAAAACUGUACUAAUGCUUGCAGAUCAGAUGAUCAGUAGAGUAGAGUAUAUGCACACAAAGGGGUUUCUACAUCGUGAUAUCAAGCCUGAUAAUUUUCUCAUGGGUUUAGGGCGUAAAGCAAACCAGGUAUUUGUCAUUGACUAUGGCCUUGCGAAAAAAUACCGAGACCUCCAAACUCAUAAGCACAUACCAUACAGGGAAAACAAAAAUCUCACUGGGACAGCGCGAUAUGCCAGUGUAAAUACCCAUCUUGGAGUAGAACAAAGCAGGAGAGAUGACCUGGAAUCUCUUGGUUAUGUGCUGAUGUAUUUCUUAAGAGGAAGCCUUCCUUGGCAAGGUCUGAAAGCUGGCACAAAGAAGCAAAAGUAUGAUAGAAUCAGUGAAAAGAAAAUGUUAACGCCAGUUGAGGUCCUCUGUAAAUCAUAUCCAACAGAGUUUACUGCAUACUUCCAUUAUUGUCGAUCCUUACGAUUUGAAGAUAAACCAGAUUACUCCUAUUUAAGGAGACUCUUCCGUGACUUAUUUAUCCGGGAAGGGUACCAACUAGAUUACGUAUUUGACUGGACCAUUAUGAAGUAUCCUCAAUUUAGAGAUAAAAGCAAACUUCAGUCUAGCGGCAAGACUAGUGGGUUGGCAGGCCCUUCUGCAGAACGGACUGAGAGAACUGCAGCUGAAGCUUUGUUUAGAAGAACUGGAUCUGGUUCCGGUCACAAUAGAGAACACACCAAGCACAGAAGUCUUCUAGAGUCCCUGAUACCAUCCAAGGUGGCUGUUGAUUCAGAUAGAACAAGGCCAUCAUCAUCAUCGCGCAACGGAAGCACAUCAAGAAGAGCCGUCCUUUCAUCAAGCAAACCAAGCUCUUCUGGAGAUCCAAGCGACCCAAACCGCACGGGCCGCAGCCGCCCAUCAACUACUGCCCAAAGGGCGCAUCAUCUGGGUGGAGCUGAGAUCAGGUCCUCGUCUUUAUCGAAGAUCGGAAGGUCUUCACAUGAUGACGCUGUCAGGAACUUCGAGCUGCUCUCAAUUGGCGCUGACAGGAGAAAAUAAGGAACUCACGAAAUGGGCUUAGGGUCUGGACUCUGAAGAUGAGGAUGGAGUGCUGGGGUGGUGUAAUGGCUUCUGAGCAGGCAGCUCCCAGGAUUUGUAUGUUGAAAAGAUUCUUCUCGAAAUAAAAGAGAUUAUGUAACUUAUGAGACUGUUUCCCAGAUCUGUGUUACCCCAAUCUAAUAGACGAGCUACUAGCUAAA